AUGACUGCUCCGAUUCCAGAAACUCGUCCACCAAUCCGGUAUGUGCUCGAUGUGACGAUUGCCUAUCCGAAUGGCAUCCCGCUCAGUCUCGCCACACUUGGAUUUGGUACUCGUGAAAAGUGUGACAUUGCUGUCAACUACAAGAUCUAUGAUGCUAGCGAGGUGCCAUUUGAUGACGAGGAGAAACUGCGCGACUGGAUGUAUGCUGUGUACAAGGAGAAGGACGAGAUGCUCGGUAAGAGACUCUGA